UGAGCUUACUACGGUCUUACUGUCAAUCAGCUGGGUUUGUUGACAAACAAAAAACCAAAGUUAAAUUAAACGAAAAUGUCGAGUUCAAAAAACACAAGCGUGAUUUUGGUUGUCGGCAUGGUGGCAUGUAUUGUAGCAUUGGAGGAGGAGGACAAAGGACAGCGGCGGAAAUAUUGGGUGAGCCCAUAUCUGCAGGAAAGGGCCCUUAAAGGCCGAUAUGCUUCCGACACUCCCUCAAUGUUUUUCGAAAACUUUCCUAUGCCUCAGAAGAGUUUUAACACUCUUUUUGGAAUGGUGGAGCAGUACCUUAUACCGAAACGGAACACUCGCCCAGAUGCUAUACCAAUAAAAGCCAAGUUGGCCAUCGUUUUAGAAUUUCUUGCCUCUGGAGACCUGCAACGCCAUAUUGGAUCAACUUAUCGGAUCAGUAAGCAACAUUUUGGAGUGAUUCUCCUCCAGGUGUCUAUUGCCAUUUCGACUGCUUUGCGGGAUGAAUUCCCCAAGUGGACGACGGGGAAUAUGCUGAUGUGAGACUCGUCUAUGGAGUAGUCCAUUGCUUGGGCUCCGUCGCUCUCAGAAAACAAAGAU